CGGCGGAAUUUGCCUGAUCCUGACGUCCAGGCUGGCCGCAGGCUUCCCAGGGAGCAGGCGUUUCAAGACAGCCAUGGCUCAGCAGCACAGCAUCCCACACGCCUACCCCAUGAGCGCAGAAUACGAGUUUGCCAACCCCAGCAAGAUUUACGACCAGAACUUUGGAGAAGGCAUUUCCCCUACAGAUAUUCUGGCUCCAACCUUGUACCAUGGUUACUAUAUCAGGCCUCGGAUUAACAAACAGUUGGAACGAGGGAUUUCAGAGGUCACCCUCAAUGAACACAAAUUCCAGGUGUUCCUUGAUGUCUGCCAUUUCACCCCCGACGAAAUUGCUGUCCGCACUGUGGACAACCUCCUGGAGGUGACGGCACAGCAUCCUCAGAAGGUUGACCGACAUGGAUUCAUCUCCCGCGAAUUCACCCGGACCUACAUCCUCCCCUCGGAUGCCGAUCCCUUGUUGGUCAAAGCCACUGUGACCCAUGAUGGCAUCCUGAGCAUUGAAGUCCGGCGGACAGGGAAGGAAGUGAGGGCCAAAGUCAAUGAGGUGAAAGUAACAUGCCAAGAACCACCUGAAAGGAAAGGAGAAAGUUCAGGGGAGACAUCGGAUCCCUAAAACAUCCUUCUAGUAUGGCACAAUUUGGCCAGAGUGAAUAGGUGAAUCUGAAAAGGGUCUUUCAUGACCACCAAAGGCCAUGUCUGGUUAAUCUAAUUGGCCUCAUCUUCUCUUCCCCAGACAUAUAGGGUUUUUAUUUCAAGAAGCCUUCUCCCACAGGACCCUCAGAACUGCAGCUUAUUGGAAUGCCACGGAUGAUCUUUUCAGAUAUCUCCUAACCUUCUUUCAUCAAGAUAUAACUGAAGACAGUAAAGGCUAUUGCACCAGUUUGAAGCCUGUGAUAUGGGUAAACCCAAUUCUUUUUUUCAUUUUAAAUUAAAAUGCUAUAAUUCCUACCAUUUUUCAGCCAGCCUGGUAGGCUGAUGGGAGCUGUGGUCCAACCCAUUUGGAAGAUCAAUAGGUUGGGGAAGGCAGCGCUCAAAAUAUGGCUGGCAUUGGACAGUCACCAAUGGUUCAAUCCUGUUUUCUUCACCAGAGCUAGCUGCCCUUUUGAGGUCGGCUUAGUUUGACAACCCAUCAUAAUUCCUACUAUUUUCAAAGUGAUCAACCAUUAUUAUUUCAGAAUACUAUAAAUCUAUUUACUGCCCUUUC